UCGUCCCGCCCCCUUCCACGUCGACCUGCACUCUCGCCAUAUUUCCAUCCUCUGUGUGAAGCUCCACAGCCCGGUUUACUGCUAUUUCAGACUAUUUCACACAACAGCUUUAAGUGUGAAACUUUAACUAAAGGAGAAAACAUCUGCUAGAGUCUGUUUAACUCAUCCUGCAACCAUGAACGUGUUCAGACUGACAGGAGACCUCUCUCAUCUGGCUGCUAUCAUCAUCCUGCUGCUGAAGAUAUGGAAGAGCAGAUCAUGUGCAGGUAUCUCUGGAAAGAGCCAAAUUCUGUUUGCUAUAGUGUUCACCGCGCGCUACUUGGAUCUGCUCACCUCCUUCAUCUCCCUCUAUAACACAUGCAUGAAGGUGAUCUACAUCGGCUGUGCGUAUGCCACCGUCUACCUGAUCUACGCGAAGUUCAGGGCCACCUACGAUGGCAACCAUGACAGUUUCAGAGUGGAGUUCCUGGUCGUCCCCGUCGGGGGUCUUGCUGUUCUCAUCAACCACGACUUCGCUCUCCUGGAGAUCCUGUGGACGUUCUCCAUCUACCUGGAGUCGGUGGCAAUCCUGCCGCAGCUCUUCAUGAUCAGCAAGACUGGCGAGGCGGAGACGAUCACCACCCACUACCUGUUCUGCCUGGGCCUGUAUCGGGCUCUCUAUCUCUUCAACUGGAUCUGGCGUUUCUACUUUGAAGGCUUCUUUGACCUGAUCGCCAUCGUGGCCGGUUUGGUCCAGACUGUCCUCUACUGUGACUUCUUCUACCUUUAUGUCACCAAAGUGUUGAAAGGCAAGAAGCUGAGCCUGCCGGCGUAAAAUACACAGAAGGAGACGGAGACUCCCAGCAGACUCAGGGGGGUGUGGAGAUGACAUCAUGUAAUCUCGUGACCUACAGCAAAAGAUGCCUGAGACAGAGAGCCAACUAUCGUGGGGAAAAACACUAGUCUUCUUGAUGAUCGCUGAUUGAUCUGGUAAAUGCCAACAAACACCAGAGCUGAACAAAAACCAUGCCAGGUCAACCUUUGGAUUUCUGUGUUCAGCAUCUUGCCUUAAACUUCUUUUCAUUGCUGUUCAAAUAGGAGGAAAGGCUUUUUUUUUUUCUACAUGUGAGGUGUAUACGCUUGUUUUUUAUUUUUUUAUAAUGUCACAAAUAGGGUCGACUCUGAGAAGUACCUUGUUUGACUUGGUAAUGAAAUGCACAAAUGUACAGUCUUAUUAAAGAGUGAGAUAAAGAGGUAAUGUAUCUGAGUGCCUGAUGGGGAUUGUGUCCGCUUUCUCACCGUAUUUUAUUUUAUUUUUUACUUUUUUUUUGUCUGCAUAAACUGUAAUACAUGAACCUUCUCAUGGGAAUAUUUAAAGAUGCCAACAGCAACACUUUCACGCCAACACACACGUGCAUUUUGUAAAAACAUUGCUUUCUAAAAUUGCUCAAAACAACAUUUUAACUCGUCUAUAAAUCUGAAACUUUUUGUAAACAGACCUCAUAAGAGAAUUUGUAGUUUCAUCUUAAGUUUAAGAAGUAACCAAUGAAAUAAAUUACUUUACUGCCAGCAGUCUUUUGGACAUAGACGUCAGUAUUUUCAAAUGGUGGCUAUCUCACUUGGAAUUAAACCUUUCAUGUGUUUAUUGAUAUUUUUUUUUUUCCUCAGCUGACUGUAUUGAAGAAAAUAAAAUGCACCAGUUGUUUUAUAGCUUUAAUGUAGAUUUCACACAAUCUUUAAACAACGCUACAUCACAUUUUGGAUGUAUAUAGAGCACAAACUUUGUUUCUGCUAGCAUCGCACCCUGUAACAAACUCACAAACACCUUCAAACAGUGACAUGUCGGUCAUCUCGAGGUUGAAGUCAAGAGUUAAGCAAUAAGGAGUGGCUAAAUGAUGAUAUUUGGCAUGUAAAUCCUCCAGCACUUUGACUGGUUGUGACAUUUCAAAUGUUAACUGUAUGUCUGAAGUUUGGAUAAUUAAACAGAUCUUACAUGGUGCUGGUCUAUAAUUGAGUAGGGGUGAUCAGUGUUCAAUGGGUGCAUUUCUAUUACAUUUUAAGGCCUCAUGUUAAUUUUUUAUUUUUUUUCAAAUUACUCGUUCCUAAAGGAUUAUUUCAACUUUUUAUGUCUUUUUUUUUGCAUGAUAUCACCUCCAUUAAAGAUUUUAUGAGAAUCAC